AAGCCAGGCUUUAUCUUGUUGAGUAGUUGUGAAGAGUAAACCUUCACAUGAAGCGUAGGGCCGUCGCCGUGGGGCCGAUGCGACGGCAGGCGAAGGCGAUGGAGCUCUGGCUCGAGGGCUCGGGCGGACGACGGUGACAUUGGUCGCCCGCCUGCUGGAACUGCAGUGACCGAGGAUUAUUUAAGAUCAGGUUGUAGCCAUUUUCAACAAGGAUCACUGAUCAAAAUUGUUCUUUUUACAAAGAGAUUUACAAGUUAAACAUGAAGGGAAAAUACUGGAAUCAUUUGGAUUCUGACAGGAUAAAGAAUACAAUAUUUCACAUUUACUUGUAAUGGAACCUUUGUAAGAUUCAUCACUUGUCAUUCACCCAGUUGGGAACAUGGAUGUUGGUUUUUCUCGUACUGCUGUUCAGACACUGUCAAGAAGCCACUGCAAAAACAUCAAACAAAAAAUUUCUCAAUGGGAAGGAAGGGCUAAUGGUAUAUCUAAUCCAGAAAAGUGGCGUCCAAAGGACUUUGGAGUGAGAUAUAACUGUCACCAAGAGAUCCAUCUUAAGAAAAAUCCUAUAGCUGAGAGAAAGAGCAAAAACUUGGAUGUAACCAGCUGUGAAAAUGUGGGUCUAGAUAUAAAUGAAGAUACCAAAAGCCAUGAUCAAAGUGAGAAUGAAAAUAAGAAACAUGAAUAUGACGAUACACACUUCUUUAAAAAUGAAUCAGAAUCCAACUGGGUAUGUUCUCGGGUCAAAGAAAUUGAAAGCUGUAAAGAAGAUGUCUUACAUCCAGAGACUUCAUUACCUCCAGGAAACUUCUAUACCUCACAAAUACUGUGGAAGAAAAUAGAAGCACUUCCGCCAGAUAAACUCUUAAAUUUGGCUUUAGAACAUUGUGACUCUUCAGAAAAAGAACUGAACUUCAGAGUUCUGGAUAGUUCAUACGGAAUAACCAAGAGCUUAGAAAAUAUUUACUCUGAACCUGAGGGGCAAGAAUGUGGACCUUCCAUAAAUCCUUUGCCAAAACCUCGUAGGACAUUCAGAUAUUUAUCCGAAUCUGGUGUUAUGCCGUAUAAAGAAAGAAACUGUGACAAAAAAUACUGUGAAAAUAAUUCUUGUGCACAAUCUUCUUUGGCCUCUUCUCAGGAACCUAAACCAAAGAAAUACGGUGGAAAAAUCAGAGGAAGAUCUAAAAGGAAAUCCUUUGAAUUUGAGGAUAUUCAGCACUUUCGAAAUCGGAACUCACAGACGAUUCGUGAAGAACUUGGAAGAAAUUCUGGGUCAGCACUUUAUUACACACAGUCUGAGGACAAUAUCUAUGAAGAUAUCAUAUAUCCCACCAAAGAAAAUCCAUAUGAAGAUAUUCCAGUGCAGCCUUUACCUAUGUGGAGAUCCCCUUCAGCAUGGAAGCUACCACCUUCUAAAAGUGCUUUUAAAGCACCCAAGCUCCCUCCCAAACCUCAGUUCCUUCACCGGAAGACUAUGGAAGUAAAGAACUCACAAGCUUAUUUGCGGUCAAAGCUCACAAAAGAUACCACUUUGCCGGUCACUUUAACGGAAUGGAAGCUUUUCCGAGCUGGUGAAGUUGCAAACACGAAAAGGAAAAAUCUUCCAAGGCUUGUAUUGAAAAUAGAUGACAUAUUUGAAUCUAAAAGAGGGAAGAAGAAGGUAAAGUUACAUUCUUACACUGGAAAAGAAUUACCUCCGACAAAAGGUGAAACCAGUGGGAACGAAAGUGAUGCUGAGUAUCUGCCAAAGAAUCGCCAUAAACGCUUAGCACAACUGCAACAGUCUUCCAAGAGGAAUCCUCACUACCAGACCUUGGAGCGGGAUCUUAUUGAAUUACAGGAGCAGCAGCUGUUUGAACUUUUUGUGGUGGUGUCUCUACAGAAGAAACCAUCAGGAAUAAGCUAUAUUCCCCAGGUCAUACAACAAUUCCCUGGCAAGGAUGAUCAUGGCUAUAAGCAGUCCAAAGACAUGGAAGAGAGGCUUAAAGUUAUCCCAAAAUUUUGUUUUCCUGAUUCAAAGGACUGGAUGCCAACCUCAGAACUCAAGAGUGAAACAUUCUCCUUUGUCUUGACUGGUGAAGAUGGAAGCCGGUGGUUUGGUUACUGUAAGAAGCUCUUGCCAGAAGGCAAAGGAAAGCGACUCCCUGAGGUGUACUGCAUGGUUAGUCGCCUAGGCUGCUUCAAUCUUUUUUCAAAGAUUCUGGAUGAAGUAGAGAAGAGAAGAGAAAUGUCUCCAGCCCUUGUUUACCCAUUCAUGCGAAGUGUCAUGGAAGCUCCUUUCCCAGCUCCUGGACGCACCAUCACAGUUAAGAGUUACCUCCCUGGGGCUGGAGAUGAGUCCAUUGAACUCUGCCGACCACUAGAUUCCCGAUUGGAACAUGUUGAUUUUAAAUGUCUCUUUAAGUGCCUGAGUGUGUGUCAUCUCAUCCGGGUCUGUGCCUCUCUCCUUUUGGAGCGUAGGGUAAUCUUUGUUGCCAACAGCCUAAGCACCCUGUCAAAAUGUGGCCAUGCUGUGGUAGCUACACUGUAUCCAUUCACCUGGCAGCAUACCUAUAUCCCAGUCUUGCCAGCAUCUAUGAUUGACAUCGUGUGCUCGCCUACUCCAUUCCUUAUUGGAAUCCUGUCUUGCUCCUUACCACAGCUCCAGGACCUACCCAUUGAAGAGGUGCUGAUAGUUGAUCUCUGUGCAGACAAGUUCUUACAGGAGGUAUCUGAUGAGGAUGAAAUUCUACCACCAAAACUUCAAGCUGCCCUGAUGCAGAUUUUGGAAGAACGAAAUGAAAUCUUGACUCAGGAGCAGAAUUUUUCACAAGCAGAUGUGACACUCAACUCUCUGGUAUCCGAAGCAUUUGUCAGGUUUUUUGUGGAGUUGGUAGGACAUUAUUCUUUGAACAUGACUGUCACUGAGCGUGGGGAGCGUGUUUUCCAAAGGGAACCAUUCCGUAAGUCCCACACCUCCCGAAGUGUACGCCACUUCCUGGAUCUCUUCAUGGAGACUCAGAUGUUUGCAGGAUUCAUCCAGGACCGAGAGCUUCGGAAAAGUGGAGUUAAAGGAUUGUUUGAGGUCCGGGCCAUCCAGUAUUUGGAAACAAUUCCUGAGUCGGAGCCCAGUGGGAUGAACAGAAUUUUGCGGAGUCUUGGAAGUAAAAUGAAAUUUCUGCAGAAGAAAUGAAAUCUCUGAUUGUCUCCAUCCUGAAUAUACAACAGAAAGUGCCAAAGAAAAUAUUUUUCCAAGGGUCAGGAUCCCAUGAAGUAUUCUACAAAAUUCUUGAAAUUUUAAAAGGUUAAAGAACGAGUCAGGCCGUCAGAGGAGGAUUCUCCUGUUGCUGCUGUAGUAAUCACCGGAGAAUUGUUGGGAAUGGUCUGGAACCAGUGCCAUCUUUACUCUGUCUCCUUUUUUUUUUUAUAGCAGCCUUUUCUAUGUGAUUCUUGGGCUCAUUCUCUGUUUUGUGCUUUGUCUGUGAAAGUAGUUGUCUUUCACAAGGAAAAGCCUUGUUGUUGUUACAUUUAAAAAAUAGCUCAAAGAUGAGAAUAAUGAGAGAAAUGCGGAGUUUAAGGUAGUAGAGAGACACGAUGGAAAUGGAGAACACUAGCCUUAUACACAUAAUUCUCAUCACUGAACUAUCAUGGCAGCUUUAAACCCAUGGGCUGUUUGACCUGGGCUAAGGAAUAGACUCAUCACAUAUCUCCAUUGUUUUGCCUUAUAUUAUAUCUAGGGGAAUCUCACUUAGGAGGAAGCCCUACUUGUAAUAUUAUAAGGUACUCUUAUUAUGUACCUUAUAAAAUUAGACAUCUUGCAACUCCUCCUCCAAAUUAUGUGGCAUUUGAGUAGUUUGCUUGUCCCUCACAUGUCAACAUUAAACUUUGUGGAGGCUGGAUGCAGUGGCUCACACCUGUAAUCUCCACCACUUUGGGAGGCUAAGGCAGGAGUUUGAGGGUAGGAGUUUGAGACUAGCCUGGGCAACAUAGCAAGAUCCCAUCCCUACAAAAACAUUUUAAAAAUAAGUAAAUAAAUUUAAACUUUGUGAAAUUAUAGUUAAUAUGAAAAUGUCCUUUCAAGGGCAUGGGAGCCACCUUUAUUUUUUAGUGUCCACCAUGUGCCAUGCACUGUGGUAUAUGUAUGCAUAUCAUCUCAACCAAUCCUUAAAUCAACCUUAUGAGAUAGAUAUUUGCAUCUCCAUUUUACCAAUAAAGAAACUGAGGCUGGGUGCUGUGGCUCACAUCUGUAAUCCCAGCACUGUGGGAGGCCAAGGCGAGUGGAUCAUUUGAGGUCAGGAGUUCGAGACCAGCCUGGCAACAUGGUGAAACUCUGUCUCUACUAAAAAUACACACAAAAAAUUAGCUGGGCAUGGUGGCAGGUGCCUGUAAUCCUGGCUGCUCGGAAGGCUGAGCCACGAGAAUCGCUUGAGCCCAGGAGGCGGAGGUUGCAGUGAGCUGAGAUCAUGCCACUGCAUUCCAGCCAGGGUGACAGAGCGAGACUCCAUCUCAAAAAAAAAAAAAAAAAAAAAAAGAAAAGAAAAAGAAAAAAGAAAAAAACAAAUUCGAAGAAGUUAAAUACGUUGCCCAAAGUUGUACAACACAGAACUGAAGCCAGGACUUUUAUGGACACAGAAAAAGUUGGUUAGUCCUACAGAUGGAAAUUUCAUCUCAAUGGGAUUAUAUAGCUAUUUAUUUUAUUAAUAAAAAUUUUCUAUUAAGUGUACCAGAGCCACUUUUCAGCUCUGAGGAUAAGGAACUUUAUAGGUGCCUAGAUGAGACUCUUUUUAUUCCCCAAGAAAUGUUGAAAUUUUUGCUCUAAUUAAAUUAGACUCAAAAUAUGAACAUUCCUUGAACAUAUACCACUUAGUCAUCCAGACCUUUAAUAUCUAAAGUAGUAGUAGUAUUGAUUAGAAAGAGAAAGUUUUCAGUGAUGGUGCAGUGUUUUGUGUGUGUGUGUGUGUGUGUGUGUGUGUGUGUGUGUGUGUGUGUGUGGUUUUUUUUUUUUUUUUUUUUUGAGAUGGAGUUUUGCUCUUUUUGCCCAGGCUGGAGUGCAAUGGUAUGAUCUCGGCUCACUGCAACCUCCGCCUCCUGGCUUCAAGCAAUUCUCCUGCCUCAGCCUCCUGAGUAGUUGGAAUUGUAGGCGCCCGCCACCACACCUGGCUAAUUUUGUACUUUUAGUGGAGACAGGGGUUUCACCAUGUUGGCCAGGCUGGUCUCGAACUCCUGACCUCAGGUGAUCCACCCACCUUGGCCUCCCAAAGUGCUGGGAUUACAGGCGUGAGUCACUGCACCCGGCCUGUAUGUGUGUGUUUGUGUUCUUUUUUUCAAACUCAUGGGCAAAUUCAAGUUCAGAUGGUGCACUUUUCAUUGAUUAAUGUUAUAGCAAAUGUCAGUUUGUUUUCUUCAGUUUCUGCUGAUGGUUUUAACUGGCACAGAAAGUAUUUAUUCAACCUUACAAAACUGUGUAAGUUGUAUUGUGAUACAGUUUAUUGACUUGUACAGUACUGUCAUUACAACCCAUUCAGGUAUGCAUGAAUCUGAAGCAGAACACCAUUUAAGACUGGUGCUGUAUAAUAUAAUUCCUACAGAUGUGGGUCCAGGGAAUAGAACUGAGCCUGUCUUUUUUUUAAUGUUAAGCAGGUUAUCCCCAGUGGGGCUUCUACUAGACAUCUCUCCAUUUGAUCUCUUACACUCCAACCCAGCGGGAACAGUUAAUAAUUGGAUGUUUAUAAAAUGGGGGUAAAAGGGUUUACUGUGAUGGAUCCUGGCUAUCCCUCUAGGAGGAGACCUUUGCUUCAGCAAUGGUGUCUUCAUCCUCGCAGCCUGAAGCUGCUUCAUUUCCUUAGGUCUGUUGUGUUUUGUUCCUGUAAAGUGUUAUGAAUUCUGGAUAUUUUUGUAAAAGAAUCAAGAUUUGUAUAAAAUGUUGUUUACAGAUCUUUUAAUGAAUAAAUACAUAAAAACCCCACA